CAUACUGAUGAAAAUGUGUCCAUCACAGCGUUAUAGCAAAUCUUGGAGAUCCACAAUGAUAUUUGAUCACUGAUCAGUGAACACAAAAAAUGCUCGUCGGGAACAAGUCGAUUUUGAAUAGAUCAGUGAUAAUGCUGUAAUAAUAUAAUACUAUUUAAUUACAUCGUGGCCUUGUCGAAGAUGAUGGGCGUCGUCUCGUUCGGUUGGGCUACUGUCUUAUCCUAGUUGUCUUCAGAGAGAGAGAUGGGAACUGAGGCGCCAACCUCCGGCGGCGACGUAGCUGCGAGAGAGAAAGAGAACGGCGGCGGCGCUCACGUUCUGUCGCCGGCGGAGCUCGACGCCGGAGCUCUGUUUGUGCUUAAAUCCAGAGGAUCAUGGGUACAUUGUGGGUAUCACUUGACAACAUCGAUAGUGGCUCCGGCGCUGCUGAGCCUUCCGUUUGCGCUGAGGGCGUUGGGUUGGGUGGGCGGAAUUAUAAGUCUUAUUUUUGGCGCUUUCGUAACUUUCUAUUCCUACAAUCUUCUGUCUCUCGUUUUGGAGCACCACGCCAUGCUUGGUCGCCGUCUACUUAGGUUUCGAGACAUGGCUACUCAUAUUCUUGGUCCCAGAUGGGGAAAAUACUUUGUUGGCCCAAUUCAAUUUGGAGUAUGCUAUGGUGCUGUUGUUUCUGGAAUUCUUCUCGGUGGCCAAAACCUCAAAUACAUGUAUUUGCUCUCAAAUUCAAAUGGGACAAUGAAACUCCACCAAUUCAUCAUCAUAUUUGGGGUCUUAAUCCUGAUUUUGGCUCAAGUUCCAUCUUUCCACUCUCUAAGGCACAUCAACCUUCUAUCUCUCGUUCUCGCUCUCGCUUAUAGCGCCUGUGUCACAGCUGCUUCUUUACACGUUGGUUAUUCCAAGAAUGCACCUCCAAGAAACUACUCUCUUAAAGGGUCGGAUAUAAGCCAGUUAUUUAGUGCCUUCAAUGGCAUUUCAAUUAUUGCGACUACCUACGCUUGUGGAAUUGUUCCUGAAAUACAGGCAACAAUCGCAGCUCCAGUGAAAGGUAAGAUGUUCAAAGGGCUGUGCCUGUGUUACACAGUGAUAGCCGUCACUUUUUUCAGUGUAGCAAUCUCUGGAUAUUGGGCCUUUGGAAAUGAGGCCAUGGGAACUGUUCUUUCAAACUUCAUGGGAUUGGGCGCCAAUAAGCCUCUGCUUCCCUCUUGGUUUCUCACCAUCACCAAUGCCUUCUGCCUCUUGCAAGUCUCCGCUGUCACCGGCGUUUACUUGCAACCAACGAACGAAGCAUUCGAGAAGAAAUUUGCCGAUCCAAACAAAAGCCAAUUUUCAAUCCGCAACGUCGUGCCGAGGUUGAUAACGCGGUCGCUGUCGGUGGUGAUUGCGACGAUUUUUGCAGCGAUGGUACCUUUCUUUGGGGAUCUAAUGGCACUAAUUGGAGCAUUUGGUUUCAUUCCUCUCGACUUCAUCAUGCCUAUGAUUUUCUACAAUGUGACUUUCAAGCCUUCAAAGGGUGGCCUUGUGUUCUGGCUAAACACUUUGAUUGUUGCAGUUUCUUCGGUGCUGGCAGCAAUGGGAGGUAUCGCUUCCAUCCGACAAAUCAUUUUGGAUGCCAAAACUUAUCGUUUAUUUGCUAAUAUGUGAACUAAAUAUUGAUAGUGGCUGCUUUUUUUUUUACCCGAAGAUAGCUAUUGUCAGACAGAGGAUCUGAAUCAGAAUGAAUCUGGAUCAUUGGAAUGGUAAUAGAUAUUUUAUUCA